UUGGAUUUCUCUUGGAAAUACAUCUGAGAAUCAAGCUUUCUUAAAAUGCGUGCCAUCGUCCUGAUUACUCUGCUCGCUCUCGUUGCCGUUGCUGCCGCUCAAGGUCCACGUGGCGGACGUGGUGGUCGUGGCCCACCACAGGGCGGCCCACAGGGCGGUCCUCCCGGUGGUCGCGGUGGUCCAGGUGGUUUCGGUGGACCAGGUGGUUUCGGUGGUCCAGGUGGUUUCGGUGGCCGUCCAGGUCGUCGUCCAUGGGGCCCAUGGAGGAGACCACACCACCACCGUCGCACCACAAGCACCACCAGCACUACCAGCACCACCAGCACAACGGAAGCGACUACCACGACCGAGGCUGCAACUACUACCACAGAGGCAGCUGAGUCUUCCACAGAGGCAUAGACGAUUAUUGCGCUACAUUUCCCUGAUAUACAUCAGCCUUUUCAACACCUACUUUAAAUGACAAUAAUAAAGAAAUAGCCGUAUCUUGCUAGCAUUCAAUA